AUGGAACUUAUUACUCUUUUAUUAAUCAAUACCGCCGUGUUUUAUUCUAGCGCACGGUCGGCGGCUGUUCGUGGUAUAGGAACUCCCACGCUGCAUGUCUUUGGCGACUCACUAUCUGAUGUGGGGACGCUACAUCAACUGACAUUGGGGGUUUUUCCGCCAAGGCCCUAUUGGGAGGGUCGCUUUUCGUCAGGACCCGUAUGGAACGAGUACUUGGCCAAGCUUCUGGGCUACGAGUUGUACAGCAAGGCCAUUGGCGGCACAGUUAUUGAGCUCGGCUCAAACGACUAUUUUGCCGAGCUGCCCAACCUUACUAGCGGCUUGCUGCCAGUUUCCAGUUUUGUCGAUACACUUAUAAGCACACUUAUCGGUCAGCUGGAGCAGCUGCGCGAGCUGGGAUUUAAAAACAUAAUUGUGAUCAACCUGCCCGCCGUCCAGUUUACACCAAUGAUCACGCAAGAGAACUUUCAAAAUAUAUCGGCAACCGCAGUCACUCACUACAAUAACAAGCUAUUUGUCAAGGUCAACGAAAACAGCAGCAGCGGCAACAGCAGCAGCAACAGCGACGGCAACAACAAUAACAACAGGCAACAGCAGCACAUUGGCUAG